UAUCAAGAGGAGAGAGAGCCUGGGCACUGAGCUAGGGUUGCCUGACUUAAAGGAACAGGCUCCCCACCCAUUCCUCAAGCUCCUCCAAGCUGCCCCCUCCAGUCUUUGAUCUCUGUCUCCGUGUCCUGAGGACCUCUCCCUCCUGAGGCCACCAUUGGGCCCCUUCUCAGUGGCCUCUGAGUGCUCUCUCAGCAUGAACUGCGUGUCAGACUUCUUCACCUAUGAGACCACCAAGUCGGUGGUUGUGAAGAGCUGGACCAUUGGGGUCAUCAAUCGAGCAGUCCAGCUUUUGAUCAUCUCCUACUUCGUGGGGUGGGUGUUCUUGCACGAGAAGGCUUACCAGGUGCGGGACACAGCCAUUGAGUCCUCCGUCGUAACCAAGGUCAAGGGCUUUGGACGCUAUGCCAACAGAGUCAUGGACGUGUCUGAUUAUGUGACCCCACCCCAGGGCACCUCUGUCUUUGUCAUCAUCACCAAGAUGAUAGUGACUGAAAACCAGAUGCAAGGAUUCUGCCCAGAGAGUGAGGAGAAGUACCGCUGUGUAUCAGACAGCCAGUGCGGGCCUGAGCGCUUCCCGGGUGGGGGCAUCCUCACCGGCCGCUGCGUCAACUACAGCUCUGUGCUCCGGACCUGUGAGAUCCAGGGCUGGUGCCCCACCGAGGUGGACACGGUGGAAAUGCCUGUCAUGAUGGAGGCUGAGAACUUCACUAUUUUCAUCAAGAACAGCAUCCGUUUCCCCCUCUUCAACUUUGAGAAGGGAAACCUCCUUCCCAACCUGACAGCCGCCGACAUGAAGACGUGCCGCUUCCACCCUGACAAGGCCCCCUUCUGCCCCAUCUUGCGGGUGGGGGACGUGGUCAAGUUUGCCGGGCAGGAUUUUGCCAAACUGGCCAGCACGGGCGGAGUCCUCGGCAUCAAGAUUGGCUGGGUGUGUGACCUGGACAGGGCCUGGGACCAGUGCAUCCCCAAAUACUCCUUCACCCGGCUCGACAGCGUUUCCGAGAAGAGUAGCGUCUCCCCAGGCUACAACUUCAGGUUUGCCAAGUACUAUAAGCUGGAGAACGGCAGUGAGUACCGCACACUCCUGAAGGCUUUUGGCAUCCGCUUUGACGUGCUGGUGUACGGGAAUGCCGGCAAGUUCAACAUCAUCCCCACCAUCAUCAGCUCCGUGGCAGCCUUCACCUCUGUGGGAGUGGGGACUGUCCUCUGUGACAUCAUCCUGCUGAACUUCCUCAAGGGGGCCGACCAGUACAAAGCCAAGAAGUUUGAGGAGGUGGACGAGAUGACGCUGAAGGGCACCGCUUCGGCCAACACAGUGUACCCCAGCGACCAGACCACUGAGGAGAAGCAGUCCACAGACUCGGGGGCCUACUCCAUCGGCCACUAGGGCCUCUUCCCAGGGCCCCUGUGCGCACCCUUGGGCUCCAGGCCUCCCAACAGAGACCACCUAGGCAAGGAUGGGAGGGAUGGGGGAGGGGCCUUCAUUGCUGCUGCUCACCCCAUGAAGCCACGCUGGACCCAGGUGUCUGGGCCUCCUCCCAGUGCUCUGGCAGACAGGUAGUGCUCCCUGCUAGGACCUCACUCUCCACUUCACCCCUUGCCUCGCCCCUGUCUGCUUUCCUGGACCCCUGAGGGCAGUAGCACCGGAGCUGUCCCCCUUCCCAAGAGUAGAGAGAAUAAUAGUAAUAACGAGUGGCCAUAAGUCACUACUAAGUGCCAGCCAGGGUCACACACAUUAUCUCAUUUAACCCAUAGAAUAAUCCUAUGAUCCUAUGACGUAGAUAUUAGUUUCCCUGGUUUGAGGAUAGACUGAGGCUCAGAAAGAUUGAGUCAUUUGCCCAAGGCCACACAGCCAAGAAGCAUGAGAGCUGGGAUUUAAACCCAGAUCUAAACCCAUCACCCACACCCCAUAAGAAAAGUGAGAACUCCCCAGCACAUCUGCCCCUGCUGCUUCAGCCCUUCCCACAGUGAUCAAGGUCAGGUUCAGCUUAAUAAAGAGGAAGCCCCAUGCUUUCACCAGGAACUCAGGACCCAUCUUAGGGGAGAUCAAUUAGACAGUGACGCAGGAGUCUCUUUCUCUGACUUGAGUGGAUCCCCAGUUCAGAGGGAAACGGGAAGCAUGACUGUCAGUCAGGUUUUCCCUUGCUCUGUCCCCAACCAGGAGAGGGCUGUUCUGUUCUCUCUUUGGGACCCCCACAUACCCACACACAUCGGGCCCCCUCACUCCAGGAGUAGAACUAGGCCCCCCUAGACUGGGGCAUGAUUCCCAGACCCCGGGGCCCUUUUCUAGCUGGGCAGUGCUCCUUUACACCACUGGCGAACAGGCUGCAGUGAGGCCAGUGCCCUGUGAGCUGCAGGCUCCCCGCCUGCAGGCCCACCCAGCCCCCCGAAUGGCCCUAAUCAGUGCUCAGUCUCCUAGUGCUAGAAAACCUCUUGUCCUGCUCUCCUGGUUACAGAUAAGCAAACUGAGGCCAGAGAGGGGAAAUGACUUGUGUCAGUUCAAGUGGUCAAGAGAGAACCAGGCUGACCUGGCGCUGAGGGAGGGAAGCAAGACAAGGAGUCAGGGGGACUUCUGGGGGAGCAUCUGGUCCCCCCACACCUCCAUCCGCCUGACACCCCCUCCCCACUCUGGGCUGGCCUCCAGUGAGAGGCCCAGGAAUCUCCCCAGGGCAGAGUUCCAGAGCAGAUUUAGGUCUUAAGGAAGCCUGAAGAAUAUGCAAUGGGGGGUAUCUUUUUAAAAUACCAUAUUAGGUCAUGGAAGGGGAGGCCCUGAAGUAUCCAUUUCAUUAGCUCCCAGU